AUGCUGACCGACAUGACGCCGGCGGCGGCUGGUCAACUCUACCCCCAGCUACAGUCUAUCGCGAAGUCGCCGGUGCACGGGCACGUGGAUCAUCCAGGAUUACGAGGCACACCUUUGGCCAUGCUGGCGGCGCAGUGCAACAAAUUAAGCAGUAAGAGUCCGCCGCCGCUAGCGGACGCAGCCGUAGGCAAAGGUUUCCACCCUUGGAAGAAGAGUCCACAAAGCAGCGGCAGUUCGCCGCAACACACCGGCGGCGGGGGAGGUGGCGGCGGAGGCGGGGGAGGCGGCGGUAGCGGUGGGUGCACAACGACGGGAGUGAGCCAGAGACCGGCGGCGACGAGCAGCGCCGGCAGCACGACCGGUGGUUACGCCAGGGCGCCGGUGACGUCUUGCGCCUCGACCGCACCGCAAUACGGUAGCGACUUGUAUUUCCCCGGAACGGCGAGCGCCCAACCGGCCGGCGAUCCACAUCAUCAUCAGAGUAGUCUUCUGGGCAAGGUCGAAGGCGCGACUUUGGGCUCGGUGUACGGCAGGCAUCCGUACGAGUCGUGGCCGUUCAACGCGAUGCCAGGCGCGACGCACGGCGGAAUAAAAGCGAGCGACGGUUGGUGGGACGUGCAUGGCGCCGCGACUGCCGGCGGAUGGCUCGACGUGAGCGGCACCGUUGGCGUCGGCGUCCACGCGGCGCAAAUGGCCAAUUACUCGGCCGACUACUCGACGAGCUUAGCGCUGGCCGGCAAUCAUUUGCUAACCACGGCUACGACGGCCGGUCACAAUCUCUUGCAAGACACGUACAAAUCAAUGCUACCGGGUGGGCCGCCCGGAUUCGGGCUCCAUCACCACGCGGCCGCCACAGCCGGCGCCGGCGCCGGUGCCGGAAGCCCUCAGGGCAGCGGCGGCGGUGUCGGCGUCGGGGGCGCCGGCGUCAGCCAAGCGCCCUCGCCGCGCUCGCAGAGACGUUACACCGGACGUGCCACCUGCGAUUGUCCGAAUUGUCAAGAAGCCGAGAGACUCGGUCCCGCCGGCGUGCACCUCAGGAAGAAGAACAUCCACAGCUGCCACAUACCGGGUUGCGGCAAGGUCUACGGGAAAACGUCGCAUCUGAAGGCCCACUUACGGUGGCACACUGCGGCACCUUCGAACCCACACCGGCGAAAAGAGAUUCGCCUGCCCGGUCUGCAACAAGCGGUUCAUGCGCAGCGACCAUCUCGCGAAGCACGUCAAGACCCACAGCAGCAGCAGCAGCAGCAGCGGCAGCAAGGGCAAGGGGGGAGCGGGGAGCUCGUCGGCCGAGUCCUGCUCCGACAGCGAGGACAACGGGAGUCAGCAGAGUCCCACUUCCAGCUCGGUGCCGCAGCCGCAGCCGCCGCAGCAGCCGGCUCAGGCCCAGCAGCAGCAACAGCAGCAGCAGCUGGCGGCAGCGGCGGCGGCGGCGGCAGCGGCGGCGGUGGUGGCGGGCCAGGCCCCCAGCAACACCACCUCUCCUCAGACCACCACCACCACACUCGGCCAUCAGCCGACAACCCCCAUGACUCCAAUACAGAUGACCCCGCCGCCUCUGACCCCACACCAUCCCCACCACCCGCAUCUCCCGCCUCUAAUGCACCAUCCUCAUCAUCACGCAACCUCCGUCCCGGCGGCCCACCAUCCGCACGCGGGGAUGAGCAUGCACUGAGCCCGGUGGGGCCCGGAGCCGGUGCCUGCAGUACCUCUGCCGCAACGGCCCUGGGCUCCCCCCUAUCCUACCCCCUCAACUUGAACCUCAUGCAAAACCACUCGACCAUCAAUCCAUCGACUCCCCAUCACCACCAUCAGCAACAUCAGAAUCAUCACCAUCACCAUCACCAUCAUCACCACCCAUCAUCGCACCAACAGCAGCACUCGCGACAAAAUAACUCCUACUCUGUGCAACAGAAUCCUGGCACGCCGGGGACCGCGCAGACUCCCUCACCCUCGUCCCCCGCGCCUGUACAUAGUCUCUAAGCGGUUACGAGCGCACUCGCGUCCAACAACCGGUCACAAUCCACCGCAUGUCCGUCCGCCGCGCUCAUACACGCAGGCACGAAUGAUACAUACACGUAUAGACACGAGAGCAUACACGGAGAUAUACACACACGAAUCUGGCUCCCCAUCCUGAUUCUGAAUACGGAGAUGGUCCUCGUAACGCACGCACGCGGAUAUUUCAGGAUUUUUUAUUUGUACAUAAUAUAUAUAUAUUUAUAUAUAUAGGGCGCGAAAGAGAGGGAGAG